GGAGCAGGAGGCGCUGAAGCGGCGGGAGCGGCUGAAGGCCCUGAGGCAGCGCACGCUGCAGAGCAAGGAGAGUGGAGAACCUGAACCCAAAAUUCCCAGAGAAGAUGAGGAAGAGGAGCCAGUCAAGCACAGCCCUGCAAGCCGUGCUCUUCUCCCUGGAAUUCCAGCUGUGAUGCCUGAUCCAAACUCUGGGAAUUCUCUCUGGAGCUGUGAAAACUUGGAUCCUUUGGAUUUUUGUGCGGACCAGGAAGCGGAGCCGCUGCUCCACCUUUCCCAGGAAAAGGGUGUGGGAGGAUUUCGGCCUUUCCGCCUCAUUCCCGCGGGGUAAAGCUCUGGAUUUGGGAAUCAGGGACCUGCUGGAGCCUGGAAUUCCCAUCCCACAGCUCUGAACCUUGGAAUUGGGCUCCUUGUGCCAAUACAACUCAUCAGAGGUGGGAAAAGUGGAGCUAAAAACCCAAGGAAAAGCUUGGAGAGGGACGGGACAAAAAUAAUCCUCAAUUUCCCGGCUUUAGGAGAGAUGAAUCCACAGGGAGCCCUGCCCUUGGACACGGAGUUAUCCUUGGAAGUUGCAGCUCCUGGUCUGGGGGAGGAGCGGGCUUGGGAAACCCGAUCUCCCUGAGGAAUUCCUCCCUCUGGAAUGUCACCAGACAGGUCCGGAGCGCUUUUGUUUGUUAAUCCCUGCCUCAAAAUCCCUCGGGAUUCUGCUCCAGAGGGGGUUGGGCUCGCCAGGAGAAUCCAGGACCUGAUUUCCUUCAUCCCGGGGCACGGGGCAUGGAAAUCUCAGGGAAGGGGUUUAGGACAAGGAAAAGAAUGGAAAAAAAAUCAGGAUUGAAUGUGGGAGGUGGGAGCUGAGCUGGGGACCCGGGCAGGGUUUGAUUGACACUUCCCGGGAUCUGCUCCCGCUUGGACACGGACAUGGAGCAUCCCAGGGAUCCCUUCCCAUCGGGAAUGUGCUCAGGAAAAGGAGUGGGAAUGGGCCAAGCUGGGAAUUGCCACAUUUUGCUCCAAACUGGAAAAGGGAAAACAGGGAUUGGGUCCACCUGGAAGCUGAGAGCACCGGGAUCCAGGCUGGGAACAUUCCUGAGCUGGCUCCAUCCUGAAGGUUCUGAUCCCUGUUUUGGGCCCUCCUCCCUCUGGAGCUGGAGGAUUUUCCCUCAGGAUGGAGCUGAUCCAUGCCUAGGGCAGGAUCCAUGGAGCUUCCAGUGAUCCCAAGCUCUGGGUGAUCCCGGAUUUUCCCUGGGAUCAGGAUGAGCCUCCAGAGGUGACACCGUGCUCCUUCCAGCCCUUGGCUCUUCCCAGCGCUCUGCUCUUUUCCAGGAAUCAUUCCUGGGAAUUCAUCCACCCCACCAUGUUUUGGGCAUGGAUUUCUGGGUGCUCAGACAUCCAGCUGCCCAUCCUGGGGGAGAAUUCCUGGGAAUGGGAGCAUGUCUGGAGCAUCUUUCUGCUCCCAGUCUUUGCGCUGGCUCCGUGCUGGGACUGUGGAUCUGAUCCCUGGAAUUCCAGCAGUUAUCCCAGGUGUUAUCCCGUGGCCAUCUCGGUGCUCCCAAGGUGCCUCCAGGGCUCCUUUGGGUUGAACCUCAAGGGUGGAAGUUGGGUUUGGAUCCAUCCCAGCGUGGAGGAGCCGCAGGAAAACAUGGAUGAGGUUUGUCCUCGUUCCAGCGUUGGUGUUCCCGGCACGGCUGGGGUGGGAAUGGUUUGGAAUAUCAUCCAGCUCCAGCAGGAUCCCACGCUCCACAUGGAAUACCAGCUUUGUCCAGUUUGAUUCAUGGAUAUUGAAAUUCCCAGUGUCCACCUGGAAAAGCUCAGGUGCUUGGGAAAGCACGGUGGGAAUCCUGGUGGAUUUGGGAUCUCCUCCAGCUCUCCUGGAACACCUGGAUGUCUCCCAAUCCUUGCUCCAGCAGGGAGCACGUCCUGGAAAAACAACCGGCCUGGCAAGUUUGGUGUAGAGAGGAGUGGGAUUUUUUGGGAUUCAUUCCUUCUGGAGCCACUCUGGGAACAGGACGGGCUUGGACACGCUUGGGCAGGAGCAGCUUUUCCAGGGAAGAGCUUUUCCUCAGGGAGCGUUCUCCUGGAUCUCUGCCUGUUCCUCCUUUGGUGCCUUGGGUGAGGAGUCCGGGAACGUCGGCAGCACCUGCUGGAGUCAAUCCAGAGGAUCCCAUGGAGCUGCUCCCAGGGCUGGAACCCCUCUGCUCUAGGAAAACUGGGAAUGUCCACCUGGAGAAGGGAAAGAUCCAGGGAGAGCUCAGAGCCCUGCCAGGGCCUGCAGGGGCUCCAGGAGAGCUGGAGAGGGACUGGGGACAAGGGAUGGAGGGACAGGACACAGGGAAUGGCUCCCACUGCCAGAGGGCAGGGAUGGGUGGGAGAUUGGGAAUUGGGAAUUCCUGGCUGGGAUGGAAUUCCCAGAGCAGCUGUGGCUGCCCCUGGAUCCCUGGCAGUGUCCAAGGCCAGGCUGGAUCUCCCUGGGACAGUGGGAGGUGUCCCUGCCCAUGGAAUGGGAUGGAAUGGGAUCACCCUUCAGAUCCCACCCAGCCCAUUCCAGGAUGAUUCCAUGAUCUCCAUACAUUUUUCCUGCUGUUCCCUGGAGGUGAAAGCCUCAUCCUCAUGGAGUGGGAUGGGGAAGCUGCUGCUGAAGCAGCUCCAAGUGACUUUUGGGAAUAACGGCAGGAGCAAGGAACCUGUGGCACCGGAAGAAGUCCCUGCUCCAGCUUUUCAGGGCACAGCCAUUCCAGGUGCUCCUGCCACAAGGAUUUUGGCAGCCGGGAGGCUUGGAAGAAUCUGUGGAAUUGUUUGUUCCAUAAAAGCCUUGGGGUGGAACAGUGAAGCACAAGCCAAGCUCGGAGGGGCCUGGUUUCCAUCGGGAACACUCCGGGCAUUCCGCGCAUUCCCGGCGUGCCGGUGCCAAGGGCCUCCUCCCAAAAAAGCUGGGAUCCCUCCUGCUUCCCCAGCCAGGAGCUCUGGGCCUGAGGGAAACAUGGAUUUGGGAUAUUCCCCACCCAAUCCAGGGAAUGUGCCACCCCUGGCAGUGUCCAUUGCUUCCCUCUGGAAUGCUGCACUCCCCAAAUCCUCCCAAUUCUUUUCUGGGAGGGAAUUCCUGGCUGGGAGGGUGGGGAGGGGCUGGGAUGGAAUUCCCAGAGAAGCUGCGGAUGCCCCUGGAUCCCUAGAAGUGUCCAAGGAUGGGGCUUGGAGCACCCUGGGAUCAUGGAAGCUGUCCCUGCCCAUGGCCCUGAUCCCAAGGGUCACUUCCAUUCUGGAAUUCCAUAAUUUACCUCAGGAACACAUCCCAGUGUUCCCAGCAUUCCCAGGGAGUGGCUCAGACUCUUGGCCAGGAGAUUCCCGUGCUGGAGCAGGAAUGGGAAGGGGUGAGAAGGGUUUGGAUUUUCCACCUGUGCUCUGGUGACUUCCAAGGUUGGAUUUUUGGUGCUUUCCAUAAAAACCUGGUCCUCUGCUUCCCAGCCUUCCCAGCUCCUCUUGGAGCCUUAAUCCUGAUUAAUCCCAUCCUUGGAGGUUAAUGAGCUUCACCUCCCUCAUUAUCCCUGUGGGCUGAGCUUUUCCAUGGAUCCUGCAGCCUCUGGAGUGUCCUGGAGCUGGGAUGAACUCCUGCAAACUGGAUUUUCCAGGGUUGUGGCUUUGGGAGUUCCUCUUGAGGCUUCCAGGGUUUGGCUCCAGUGAGGAAUCACUCGUGGGAAGGAGGGUGUCCAAUUACAGCCCAAAUUAGAUGGGAAUAUCCUGGGAUUGUGGCUCAGUCCUGACUCCUGAGCUUCCCUGGAGGAGAUGAAAACAUGGAAAAGCUUCCAGGUAGUGUUUGGGUCCUCAUUCCCUCAGCCCCACCAUCCAUUUAUUCCAGAACCGGGAUUUGCUCCCUGAUUUUAGCACUUCCAGAAAUGUUUGGAUAACCACCUCAUAUCCUAAAUAAUCCUUUUCCCCCCUGUCUUUCCCUGAAAGAUGUUUUUCCAUGAUUUUGGAUGUUCCUUGGGGUCUCCAUCUGGAGUAUCCCAGUUUUUAGACCCAAAAGGUUGGAGCCAGGUGGGAAUUGGGUUCUCCCAGGGAACAGGGACAGGACAGGAGGGAACGGCCUCAGGUUGUGCCAGGGGAGGCUCAGGCUGGAUAUUGGGAAUGUUCCUUGUGGAAUGGGGAAUGGGAGUCCCCAUUCCCGGUAGGAUUUAAAAGCCGUGGAUGUGGCUGUUGGGGGCACGGAUCCCUGGUGGCCUCGGCUGGAUUUGAUGACCUUGGAGGCUUUUCCAACCUCAGCAAUUCCAUGAUUUCAGCUGCCUCUGGCUCCUGCUUCCUGCUUUUCCUGAGUGCCCACUGGGCCAUCCCAGACUUUUCUCACUGCUCUUCCCGCUUU